UAUAUUAGUGCUGCUGCUGAUGAUGAUGAUAGAAAUGGUGAUGUGAAGGAUGAUAAUGAUAAAGAUAAAGACAAUGACUGUGAUGAUAAUAAUAAUAAAAAUAACAGAAAUAAUAAUGGAGGCGAUGAUGAUGAUGAGUAUGAUAAUGGGGUAGGUGGUGGUGAUGGUAACGAUUAUGCUGCUGCUGAGGAUGAUCAGGAUUAUGAUAAUGAUAAUAAGGAGGGAUGUUAG